CCCGAGGGUCCGAGGAGCAAACUGCGGGUGAUGCGCAGGGCUGCGGAGGCUGGGGGCUGGCGGAAGCAGGAGAGGAGCACCACCGCCCCGCAUCACCCCUGCAGCCCUGAAAGGCUUUUAUUUCCUACACACCUUUGGAAGGAGGUCACUAUGACAGGGCAGAGCCUGAAUGCUUUAUCUGAGGCGAAUUUUGAAGACAAUGAGAUCAGCAUCAACGUUGGAGGUUUUAAGAAAAAGAUGAGGUCCAACACAUUAUUGAGGUUCCCAGAGACCAGACUGGGCAAACUGCUGAGCUGUCACUCGAAGGAAUCGAUCCUGGAGCUCUGCGAUGACUAUGAUGACACCAAGAAUGAGUUUUAUUUUGACAGGAACCCUGAGCUCUUCCCCUAUGUGCUCCACUUUUACAACACUGGCAAGCUCCAUGUGAUGGGCGAGCUCUGCGUUUUUUCUUUCAGCCAGGAGAUUGAGUACUGGGGAAUCAAUGAGUUCUUUAUAGACUCAUGCUGCAGCUACAGCUACCACGGGAGGAAAAUGGAGCCAGACCAAGAGAAAUGGGAGGAACAAAGUGACCAGGAAAGUACCACAUCUUCCUUUGAUGAGAUCUUGGCAUUCUACAACGAUGCCUCUAAAUUUGACAAACAGCCCUUUGGAAACAUCAGAAGGCAGCUCUGGCUUGCUUUGGAUAACCCUGGCUACUCAGUCUUGAGCCGAAUCUUCAGUGUGCUCUCCAUCAUGGUGGUGCUGGGCUCCAUUGUGACCAUGUGCCUGAACAGCCUCUCAGAUUUCCAGAUCAUUGACAGCAGCGGAACCCCUGAGGAAGACCCUCGCUUUGAAAUCGUGGAGCACUUUGGUAUUGCAUGGUUCACUUUUGAACUGGUGGCGAGAUUUGCAGUAGCUCCUGACUUUUUAAAGUUUUUCCAGCAUGCCCUGAAUUUGAUUGACCUAAUGUCUAUCCUACCAUUUUAUAUUACCUUAAUUGUCAACUUGGUGGUGGAAAGUAGUCCGACCUUGGCAAAUUUAGGCAGGGUUGCACAAGUCCUGAGGCUCAUGAGGAUCUUUCGCAUCUUAAAGCUUGCCAGGCACUCAACGGGUCUUAGGUCCCUUGGAGCCACCCUGAAGUACAGCUACAGAGAGGUAGGGCUCCUUUUACUCUACCUCUCUGUUGGCAUCUCCAUUUUCUCAGUAGUGGCCUACACCAUUGAAAAAGAAGAGAACGAGGGGCUAGCCACCAUCCCUGCUUGCUGGUGGUGGGCCACUGUUAGCAUGACCACAGUGGGCUACGGGGACGUUGUGCCGGGGAGCACUGCUGGCAAGCUGACGGCAUCUGCAUGCAUCCUAGCCGGCAUCCUGGUGGUAGUGCUUCCCAUUACACUGAUCUUCAAUAAAUUCUCCCACUUUUAUAGGCGCCAGAAGCAGUUAGAGAGUGCCAUGAGGAGCUGUGAUUUUGGUGAUGGCAUGAAAGAAGUUCCAUCGGUCAACUUAAGGGACUACUAUGCCUAUAAAGUGAAAUCCCUUAUGGCUAGCCUUACAAAUAUGAGCAGGAGUACUCCCAGUGAGCUGAGCCUGAAUGAUUCACUGCAUUAGUGUACAAGUCUGACAGCAGUUUGCAUGAGAGCUAUCAAGAGCUGUGUUUAUAAAUGUUUUCCUAUUUGUCAUCCUUUUUUUUUUUCUUUUUUUUUUCCUAGAGGGUAAUGUUGCUGACACUGCACUAACUUUGCACUUGAGAAACAAAAGAAAUUUAUAUUCUGAGUUGACAGUUUGCACAUUCUCAUCCUGUUGCAUAGGCACUGAAUGCUGACUUUUCCAUCUGAAUAUUUCCAUUCCCCUGACAUUAGUGCUAGCAGUAUAGUGAUGAUUUGUUACUUCGUGCAUUUCCUCAUUUGAGCAAAGAAAUGAACAUACCCAAGUGGAAUAAAAAUUCUCAGCUGUGAAACUAAUGAUGAACAAAGCACCCACCACCUAAAGCGGUAUUUGUAGCAGUUCAGGACCAUCUCAAGACAGACAUAGGACUUCCAGUGCAUUUCACAACUGUUUUCAAAAAAAUCACCUGGGAAUCACUGACAAGGGACAACUCUUCUCCAUCUUUCUGACUGGUAAUUUCAAUCGUCACAUGUCUGAAAGCACCUCCAAGCUUCAUAUUUCAAUGGAAGCUGGGUUACUCUUAAGCACAUGUUAAAAACUGGGUGUUCUUGUUUGGAAAUGUUAUGUCCAGUAAUAUUUUUUUAGAAGUUCCUCAGCAUAGGCCUACCUCUAUUUCCUUGACGAGGUCAGUUUCUAGCCCUCCAGAGAAGCCCAGCCUCAUUUCUGGUGGCUGUGUGUUCCAAGGCUGCACUGCCACAAGCAACUUGAGGUACG